UAAAGUUGGGUCCCCAUUGACUGUAAAGCUAUAACUCACUACACAGAGAUAGACAGAAAUCUCGCCAUGGAAGAAGAAGAGCAGACGAAGAAGCAGAUCAGUGAUCUGAAUUCUCCAUUCAUUCCGCCGAGACACCACGAUGGCAGAUCUUUUACGAGGGAUGAGAUAUGGGAGGAGGUGAAGAGGCAGCUCCGAUUAGCCGGGCCACUGGUGACAGUGAACGUGUUGAUAAGCUGUUUGCAAAUGAUAUCGGUCAUGUUCGUGGGGCAUCUGGGGCAGCUUCCUCUCGCCGGAGCUUCCAUGGCUACUUCCUUUGCUUCUGUCACUGGUUUCAGUCUCCUCAAUGGAAUGGGCAGUGCAUUAGAGACAUUCUGUGGGCAAUCAUAUGGAGCAAAACAAUACCAUAUGCUUGGAAUUCACUUGCAAAGAGCCAUGGUUGUUCUUCUUCUCGUCAGUUUCCCGCUCGCCGUUGUAUGGUUCAAUGCCGGCGACAUUCUUCGGCUGCUUGGCCAAGAUUCCGAGAUCGCAGCGGAGGCUGGCCGGUAUGCUCGUUGCAUGAUUCCCAGCAUUUUCGCCUUUGCCAUUCAACUGUCCCAUGUUCGUUUCUUGCAGGCCCAGAACAAUGUUCUUCCUAUGACAGUCAUUGCCGCCGCCACCGCGGUGCUCCACUGCUUUGUGUGUUGGGGUUUGGUUUUCCGCUCCGGGUUGGGGAACCGAGGAGCAGCAUUGGCCAAUGCUAUGUCUUACUGGAUAAAUGCAGUGGCAUUGGCGGUUUAUGUUAGAGUUUCGCCGUCGUGCCGGAGGACGUGGACUGGAUUUUCCAGCGAGGCGUUUCGUGGGAUCUUCAACUUCCUUAAACUCUCUAUUCCUUCUGCUCUCAUGCUCAGUUUGGAGAUAUGGUCAUUUGAGAUGGUGGUUUUGUUAUCGGGCCUUCUUCCAAAUCCAAAGCUUGAAACUUCUGUUCUAUCAAUCAGCCUCAAUACAGCUUACAUGAUUUACAUGAUACCCCUUGGAAUCAGUGGUGCAGUGAGCACAAGAGUUUCGAAUGAACUUGGAGCAAGGAGGUCAAUGGCGGCUAUCUUAGCAGGACGUGUUGCAAUGGGGAUGGUGGCAACAGAAGGCACCAUGGCUGCUAUUAUCAUCAUCGUGGGCAGAAGAUUAUGGGGUUACAGUUAUAGUACUGACGAGACUAUGGUUGGAUAUUUGGCCCAAAUCUUGGUUUUGCUUGCCAUUUUGCACAUCUUCGAUGGAAUUCAAUCUAUUCUCUCAGGUAUCACAAGAGGAUGUGGAAGGCAGAAGAUUGGUGCUUUUAUUAACUUGGGAGCUUAUUACCUUGUGGGCAUUCCUACGUCUAUCUUUUUAGCAUUCUUUCUAGGCAUUGGAGGAAAGGGGCUGUGGAUGGGAAUAAUGGUGGCAGUGUUUUUACAAGCUCUAUUUCUUGGGAUCUUGAUUCUAUCCACCAAUUGGGAUAGUGAAGUUAAGAAGGCGGCCGAUAGAGUUACGAGUUUCAUGCCAGAAAAUCUAUUAGAAUGAUACCAUCAAAUAACAAAUCGAACUUAGAUUGACUUUUAUGGUCAUCACAUUAAUUUGUAUUGGAUAUUCUAAAAUCAAAAUGAAUCUUUAUAUAGCCCUAUAACAAACAAAUUCUUAUUAUAUAUAUGCUACUUUUUUCCUUCUA